AUGAACAAGAUGUCUGGGGAAUUUCAGCAGGUUGAAAGGCUUGUUGAUAGACCAGUGCAGUCAGGUAUUGUGACUAAAGACCCAUUGACUUGGACGAGGUGGAUGAAACUUGGGAUCACACUGAAUAUCUGUGCUAAUGCCUUCUUGAACAAUGCUUGUGCGGCCGGCCUCGUCCCCACGUUGGAUCCAGUGGCUGCAGAGCUCGGCGUCACCAUAACCACCGCCUCGUACCUCAUGUCCUACAAUGUGCUCGCCCAAGGCCUCAGCAACCUGAUUUGGGUGCCCACAACGCUUUGUUACGGCAAACGGUGGGUGGUCCUGAUUUCGAUGGCUCUGCUGUUGCCGUGCCUAGUUUGGGCGGCUGUUGCGACAAGCUUCGAGUCGCUGCUCGGCGCGCGCGUCCUUGGCGGGUUCGCUUCCGGCGCGUCAGAGGCAUUUGCACCUAUGAUUAUCGGCGAUAUAUGGUAUGAGCACGACCUGACCACAGCUCUGGGCUUUUUUGCCCUGUGCACCUUCGCCGGGGCUACCCUGGGCCAGACUGCGCUCGGAUUUGUAACUGAGGGUCUGGGAUGGAGAUGGGCAUACUGGAUCAUCUUGAUCGCUUGCAGCAUUACUAUGCUAAGCAUGCUCUUUUGGCUCCCUGAGACGACCUUCCAACGCGGCUUAAAUGUGGGUAUCACUGCUGGUGAUGUGCAGCGGAAUGAGGAAAUGCAUGAGAAGCAAAACAUUACGAGUCCAGUGACCGCCACGCCGAGCGCCGACACAGAGCCACAUGCCCAAGCGGACCGAGCCGAGCCCCUGGUAUCUAUGCACUCCAACAUAUGGUUCGUCCACCAUCCCGAAAUUGACUACAGCGCCAGCUGGAUAUCCUGCUUCGUAGGCCCAUUCUACUUUGUGCUGCUGCCGACGGUGCUCUGGUCCUCAUUGGCGUACGCUGUGACAUCGGCUGCGUUUACUUCGGUGGGCGUUUGCAUCGUACAACUCCUGGGGGCACCGCCAUACAACUUCAGCCCUGGAGACCAGGGCCUCUUCAGCUUGUCUUCUUUUAUUGGCAUCGUUCUGGGGGGGAACGCUUGGUUCCAAGAGUGCAAGAUCCAUAAACCCGAAGAACGCCUGAUCAUGCUCGCCCUCCCCUUCUUUACUGCCACUGUUGGCCUGGUUUUAUACGGAGUGGCCGUGGAGCGUCGGCUCCCUUGGAUCGGCCCCGCCUUCGGGUACGGAAUCCACUCAUUUGGCUUCGUGGUGCUCGCAGGAAUCACGUUCAGCUACGCCAUCGACUCAUACCUGGUGAAGAGUGGUGAAGUUAUGGUGUUCAACAAUACCCUCCGUGCCUUGAUUUCAUUCGGAGUGUCGCACAUCGUACCCACUUGGUUGAACAACGCAGGUCCUGCUAUUGUAUACUCUGUGCUGGGAUCUAUUAUUUGGGGUUUCUUGUUGCUUGGCAUUCCCGUUAUCAUUUUCGGCCCAAAAAUAAGGAACAUCACAAAUCGUUUUGUUUGA